AUGUUGAUUGAUCAGAGCGCAGAACGAGAAGCUAAUGUUCGCAACCUGAAGUACGGAAGAUAUUUCCAAAAAGGCAUAUCUUCCGUUUGGGCAGCAGAUGCUUCAAUGCUAACAGGACAUGAGUGUGGUCCUAAUAUGGUAUUCACCACUGUCGAUUAUUCUCACCAAGUCCUUAAAGGCUCUAAUUCUUCCGAACCAAAUGUCAUACAAGUUUGCAUCCAGCAAUGCCAAUGUGCUAAUCCUGAUUUCACAGAAAAAAAUGGAAUCUGUGUUAAAAAUACAAUUGCAACAGUUUCAUUGACCAAAACCCCAAUUUCUUAUCAAAAAUCCUAUAAGAAGCAGGAACAUGGCGAAAUUGUUGACUUCUUAUGCAGACUGCCUGGACAUAAAUGUGGUCCUGACAUGAAAUAUGUCACUGUACAAUUUGAUAGAAAUGAACCACGUUUUUCUUUUCUAAAAGUACUACCCAAGAGAGUUUGUAUCAUCCGAUGUGAGCAUAUCAAUCCAAAAAGUAUGAAAGAAAGUGAAGAUACUACGACAGUUUCUGCGAAGAAAGUGUUAUCUUCCAUUCAAAGUGUAAUUGGUAAAACAAUUCAUGACGCUAAAUGUAGGCUAACAGGACGUGAGUGUGGUCCUAAUAUGGUUUUCGCUACUGUCGACCAUUUUCACCAAGUCCUUAAAGGCUCUAGUUCCUCCGAACCAAAUGUCAUACAAAUUUGCAUCCAGCGAUGCCAAUGUGCUAAUUCUGAUUUCACAGAAAAAGAUGGAAGUUGUCUUAAAAAUAUAACAAAUACAACAGUUUCACCGACCAAAGCCCCAAUUUCUUAUCAAAAAUCCUAUAAAAAGCAGGAACAUGGCGGUGAAAUUGUUGACUUCAAAUGCAGAUUACCUGGACAUAAAUGUGGCGCUAACAUGAAAUAUAUCACUGUACAAUUUGAUAGAAAAGAACUGCGUCACUUUUUACAACCAGUCAGGGGGAAAACUUGUAUUGUUAGAUGCGUUUUUAUCAAAGCUCAAAUAGUGUGA